AUGGCCCCUUCGUUGCUCCAGGCUCUGGCCACGGCCCUGGCAUUGACAGGCGCUGCUGUUGGUUUUUCGCAAAACCACAGCGAUGGCGAAGUGGACAGUCUGGUCGCCUCGCAGAUUCUGACAGACCCCUAUGCCUUUGACUUCCCUCGUCUGGGCUCCCCAGGCUCCUCGCUAUUCCCCAUGCGACGCUGCCAUGGGCUCAAGCUAGAGGAAGCCAGCAUUGAUGAUAUCCAGGAGCAGCUUGGCAAGAAGACUCUCACUAGCGUGGAUCUCCUGGCAUGCUACCUGGACCGUAUUUCGCAGACCCAGCCUUAUCUCAACGCCAUCCUGCAAUUCAACCCGGAUGCGUUCUCCAUCGCUCAAAAGCUGGAUGCCGAGCGCGCCCAGGGAAAGAUCCGUGGUCCCCUUCAUGGCAUUCCCUUCAUUGUGAAGGACAAUAUCGCCACAAAGGACCGCAUGGAGACUACCGCCGGCAGCUGGGCACUUCUGGGCAAUGUCGUGCCCCGUGAUUCUCACGUUGUGUACAGCCUCCGCAGGGCCGGUGCGCUACUUCUUGGGAAGGGCGCUUUGAGCGAAUGGGCCGAUAUGCGCUCCAAUAACUACUCCGAGGGCUUCUCGGGCCGUGGCGGCCAGUGCCGUAGCGCGUACAACUUCACCGUCAAUCCCGGUGGCAGUAGCACGGGUCCUGGUGUUGCUGUUGGUGCUAAUCUGGUUCCAUUUGCCCUGGGGACCGAAACUGACGGAAGUGUCAUCAACCCUGCCCAGCGAAACGCUAUUGUGGGCAUCAAGCCCACUGUCGGCCUGACCUCCCGUGCAGGCGUCAUCCCAGAGUCCUUGCACCAGGAUACCGUUGGUACAUUCGGUAAGACUGUUCGUGACGCCGUCUACGCACUUGAUGCCAUCUACGGUGUCGAUGCUCGCGAUAACUACACACUCGCGCAGCGGGGCCGGACUCCGCAAGGCGGCUACACGCAGUUCCUCACGAACAAGGAUGCUCUAAAGGGCGCCGUCUUCGGUUUGCCAUGGAAGUCCUUCUGGGCUCUUGGUGACGCAGACCAGAUCGCACAGCUCACGGAACUGGUGGAUCUGAUCAAGGAAGCUGGAGCGACAGUUAUCAACGGCACCGAGCUCCCGCACUACAAGGAAAUCGUCUCCCCGGACGGCUGGAAUUGGGACUACGGCUCCACUCGAGGAUACGCCAAUGAGUCUGAGUACUCGUACAUCAAAGUCGACUUCUACAAUAACCUGCGCGACUAUCUAGCCGACGUGACAAACACCAACAUCAAAUCCGUUGAGGAUCUGGUCCAGUAUAAUAUCGACAACUACGGCUCGGAGGGUGGCUACCCCGGUAUCCACCCUGCCUUUGGCUCCGGCCAGGACGGCCUAGUCGCAUCCCUGAAUAGCAAAGGGAUCAUGAACGAGACUUACUUCCAGGCGCUGGAGUUCUGCCGUCGCACGACCCGUGAAGAGGGCAUUGACGCCGCGUUGAAGUACAAGAAUCGCACUCUAGACGGCCUGUUGGUGCCCCCGGAUGUUGCGCAGAGUAUCCAGAUUGCCGCCCAGGCUGGGUAUCCUGUUAUUACUGUGCCUGCCGGCACUGAAAAUGUUUCGGGUAUGCCGUACGGUCUGGGGAUCAUGAACACGGCCUUCUCGGAGCCGGCAUUGAUCAAAUAUGCGAGUGCCAUUGAAGACCUUCAGAAGACUUCGGGUACGAAGUGGCAGCGCACCCUUCCUGAAUGGCGUGGCUACCUCGAGCGCAACCUCCCCGUUAUCAUGUAA